CAUGCUGGAGGUGGCCCUGACCCUGAUUGAUUCCUGGUGCAAGGAGAACAGCUACGUGAUAGCUGGAUAUUACCAGGCGAACGAACGCGUGAAAGAUGCCAGCCCAAACCAGGUUGCAGAGAAAGUGGCCUCCCGGAUUGCCGAGGGUUUCACGGACACGGCGCUCAUCAUGGUUGACAACACCAAGUUCACCAUGGAGUGUGUGGAGCCUGCCAUCCACGUGUACGAGCUGCACGAGAACAAGUGGAGGUGCAAGGACCCCCACGUUGACUUCUGUGAAGACUGGACCGAAGCCCAGCGCAUCGCUGCCUCCCUGCUGGACAGCAAAUCCUACGAGACCCUGGUGGAUUUCGAUAAUCACCUGGACGACAUCCGCAACGACUGGACAAACCCCGAGAUCAACAAAGCUGUGCUGCACCUGUGCUAGGAGGGAUCCUCCUGACGAAUCCAUGGGCAUUCCCACUCUGUACUGAAGAGAGAAAAAAAUGCUAUUUUUGAAUGUAAAUAGAAUUCAUAUUCAGUACCUUGUGUGGAAAGCUGACUGGUUAAAGAGGAGGGGCGUGUCCGUGGCGCGGUGCUGUGUCCGUAACGCCACGGGAUGAUGGUGGUGGUGGCAUUCCCUGGAAGAGCUGCCAGCUGUCACUCCCAGCUGUCCUCGUGGACACCAUCCCACUUGUAGUGAAUGUUGCUAUUCCUUGGAAACCAGAACUGCUUCUGCUUGGCCCCCACUGUUCCUAUUCCAAAGUUUUGACUUCAGCUUUUCUAAUCUUUAGAGAGGUUACUUUUUAAUGAUUUCUGGAAAUACCUUUCCAAAAAAAAAAAAUAAUCAAUCCUGUCCUCAGGUGAGAGAUGUUAAGGGCAAAUAGAUCAAGUGGGAGGUGGUUUCUUCUGGCCUGGGUUGGAAUUGUAACUCUCUUGGCACAGUAAAAUGCAAACUGCUGAGGAUGUUCCAUG